CCCUACGGACCACCUAUCCUGGCUCUACCUGCUCCGGGUGCCGCUGCUCCUAUGACAGGGAAUCAGAAUUAUAAUAAUAAUAAUAAUGCCCCAUCUUCUUCUUAUGGUCCAUCUUCCUCGUCUACUAACUACAGAUUUGGUAAUGGUACGGGGACUGGGAAUGGCCACCAAGCACGUCCGAAUUGGUGGAUGCGUAAUCAGGAAAGGUUGGAUAAGGUAUAUGGAAAGUAUGUGGAGGACAUGGAACGUGAAGCCAAGAAGAAGGAUAAGGAGGCCAGGGAAAAGGCAAAGAGAGACGAGGAGGAGAGGAUUUCGAUAUGGAAGAAGGAACGUGAGAAGUUCGAAGCAGAAAUGGGUGAACGAUUGGAGAAGAGAAUGGACGCGUUGGAUAUUGUAAAAGGGAAGGCGACGGAAACGGAUAAAGGGAACCUUGCAAGUGAAGAGGUAGCUAAACUACGAAAGGAGAACGAAGACUUGAAACGCAAGUUAAGAGAGGCGACGUGCCCUGUGGGAGAGGACCGUACGAUGUAUCUGCAGGGUGAGAUUAUGGAGCUUUGUCAGAAGGUCGGAGAAAAGCAGGUCGAUGAAGACGUCAUCACCGCACUGAGAGCAGAGAUUGGUGAGCUCAAGAGGUCCGCACUCAUGAAGAUGAACUUUGAAGAAGAGAUUGCAGGUCUAAGGGAGGAGGUGAAUGUGCUACGGGAUCAGAAUGAACGUGUUGUUUUGGAAAUCGGGCAAUGGAAAGAGCAAGCUCUGCGCCUUGGUAACAAAAGAGGAAGCGUGGUGUUAUAGACACCAGAGACCUUUAAUCGAGCAUCACCUAAG